UUUAAUCAAAAUGAGUCUUAUGUCUUAUAUCUUUUACGUUUGUGGUUAUAUACGCCUCCAUAUUAUGUCCAUGUUAUAUUACCGGCAUUGCCGCAGAUAUCGUAGUUUUCAUUCGAUCCUUAUUGUUUUUUCAAUCUUCGAAGAUUAAACGAUCGAUCCUUUUUUUUGUGUAUGUGUGCAAUUUAGUGGCCGAAAUGACAAAAGACGAAAGUUUAGAAAAGAAGUCCGUGGAACGUAAUGAUAGCGAUAAGAAAGCAGUGUCCGAUUCGGGGCCUGACCCCUCGGCUCCGAUCACGAGGAAAGGAGUAUUAACGUCCUUUUUAACUGGCAAAGCUAUGGAAAUACCGGAACAAGAUAUUCUCGGCAAAUGCAGGUUUGUCUCCGAGUUUGAAAAAUUGAAUCGCAUCGGAGAAGGUACCUAUGGUAUUGUCUAUCGAGCCAGAGAUACAAAAAAUGACAAAGUCGUUGCAUUGAAGAAAGUGAGAAUGGAACAUGAGAAAGAUGGGCUGCCAGUAAGUGGUCUCAGAGAAAUAUCGGUUUUAUUGUCGUGCCGACACGAAAACAUCGUGCAUCUAAGAGAAGUAGUGGUAGGCAGAAGCUUAGAGAGCAUAUUUCUUGCAAUGGAGUAUUGCGAGCAAGAUUUAGCAAGCCUGCUGGACAACAUGCAGGCCCCAUUCUCAGAAAGUCAAGUCAAGUGUAUAGUAUUGCAAGUGUUGAAGGGCCUACGUUAUUUACAUCACAACUUUAUCGUUCACAGAGAUUUAAAGGUCUCUAAUCUUCUUAUGACCGAUAAGGGUUGCGUAAAGAUCGCUGAUUUCGGACUGGCUAGGUGGUUUGGUUUACCGUUAAAGCCGAUGACUCCUAGAGUGGUGACGUUAUGGUACAGAGCCCCCGAAUUACUAUUGCAAGCCAAGACACAGACUACGUCCGUUGAUAUGUGGGCAGCUGGGUGCAUAUUGGGAGAAUUAUUGGGACACAGACCCUUGUUACCUGGUAGAUCGGAAAUCGCACAAUUAGAAUUAAUUGUCGAUUUAUUGGGUACACCCAGCGAAGCUAUUUGGCCGGAAUUUAAUUCGUUGCCAGCGCUACAGAAUUUUACGCUUAAACAGCAACCGUAUAAUAAUUUGAAACAAAGAUUCCCCUGGUUGAGCGCUGCUGGUCUUAGAUUAUUGAAUUUCUUAUUUAUGUACGAUCCAAAAAAGAGAGCAACUGCUGAAGAAUGUUUACAGAGUAGCUACUUUAAAGAAGCGCCUUUACCUUGCGAUCCAAAACUCAUGCCUACUUUCCCACAACAUAGAAACAUGAAAAAGGCGACCAUUCAGAAAGAGAAUCGUGAGCAAGAACCUACCAUUACCGAUCAAACCAAUAAUCUACCGGCGAUUUCAGAUCUUCUUGGAUCAUUGGUUAAGAAGAGACGUGUUGAAUAAAAAAAUUUGCUGCUUGAAGAAAGGAUUAUUCUUGGUACUUCUUGGAUAUAUCUUGUUCCGAUUGCAUUUUAUGAUUGAUAACUAUGUGUACAUCUGUUACCAAAUAAACUCUUAACAAAUACUUGUGUAACA